CAGCUCAUCGACGGAUGCGAACAGUGACGAAUUACUACCUAGUGAAUCUCUCCGUUGCGGAUUUGCUCAUGGCCUUGCUCAAUUGCAGCUUCAACUUUUUUUACAUGAUCUUCUCUAACUGGCCUUUCGGCUCCUUAUAUUGCUCCGUCAACAAUUUUGUCGCCAACGUCACUGUUACCGCCUCUGUGUUCACCUUAGUUGCCAUCACUGUAGACAGAUACACGGCCAUCAUGAGGCCACUUCAUCAUCGAAUGUCACGUGUGAGAUCCUGGGUCAUCAUCGCUCUUAUUUGGGUGCUUAGCUGUUCGUUGGCUUGUCCUGGUGUUCUUUUUUCAAACACAAUGACUAUCAGAUACGCCAACGGUCAAUCGAAAACCGUUUGUUUUGUGCAGUGGCCUGAUGGACGAUUUCCAUCUUCCGAGACUGAAUAUGUAUAUAAUAUUAUAUUUUUGGGUGUAACUUACCUAAUACCUGUGCUACUGAUGGGUGUUUGCUAUUUUCUGAUGGGCCGAGAGCUGUGGGGAAGUAGAUCGAUAGGAGAGCAAACUUCUAGACAGUUAGAUGCUAUCAAAUCUAAGCGGAAAGUGAUACGAAUGUUCAUCGUAGUUGUGACAAUAUUUGCUGUCUGCUGGCUUCCUUAUCACGCCUACUACAUAAUAAUAUUUCAUAGGAGAGAGCUGUCUCGCUCAGCCUACGUCCAUCACUUGUACCUGUUGUUUUACUGGCUGGCAAUGAGCAAUGCCAUGGUGAAUCCGCUCAUAUACUACUGGAUGAAUCGCAAGUUCCGAGUUUAUUUUCGACAAGCCAUUUGUCAUUGCUUCUGCCUCCGACCGAACUACAAGCAUGAUUUGGAAGUAGUCACAGGCGUUAAGAGGGGUGGAAGCGUCUCAAAUUUCAAUCGGUCCUGCAGAUCUGGUGGACAUCCGCAGCGAGGCCACUCGGCAAGGAAGGAUCACUUCGAGACACAAGAAAUUAGGGUAAAAACGCUGAUCGUGAGUGCGACGCGGACCCUUCAGAACGGAUUAGCACCCAUCGACACGAAACCGCGGCAAAACGGUCACUCGGGGCACUACUUGACCAACUCGGAUUGCGACUGCCACAGCCACCAGGAGCUGGAUAAAAACGGCAAUGACGUCUGAAAACCGCAGACGUCUGUCCACUUGUGAAGCGUUCUCGUGAAAAACGCACUCUUGGCUGUGAGCCACUCCUGGGCACAACUGAGCGUCGAGCUUCCCGGCUUCAUCAGGACCGCAAAUCCCUCAGGCAGAGGCGGGGAUCGCCCAUCGACGAUCCCUAAUUUAUUCCGACUGUGAUUUAGGUUGAAUUUGACUUUGUUACCAUUGUAGAUAUAGUUAUUCGUUUGGUGCUUAUGUUUCGUUAUUUUACGCUAAACGUUCGCUUUUUACGUACCUUUGACUCUGGAGUUGUAACUAUCAUUGAGCGUUCACAUGAAGGAUUAGAUUUUUUUUUUUUUUUUUCACUCAAAAUUUCAUGAUUCAGUAUGUAAAAAACAUUCCAACUACCGACGAUUUGAACUUUCCAAAAUCAAUGUUGGUUACUUCAACAGGACCUAAGAAUAUUCGUCCUCGAUUUUGAAUUUUCAACCAGAAAAAAAAGUCGGGCAAAGCUUCUACUUCCUUUUGGCGCGUAUACGUAGUAUACCGCCUUUGCGAUCGUUUCGACC